GCCGUCUCCUCUUUCUGUCGGAAGGGAGCCACCGCGCCCUCCCGGAACAUUGCACUUCUCGUCCACUGCGCCCCGCGACCCCUCAGCCUCCGCCCGCCCCCGGAACCCUGCGCUUUGUGUUCCCAGAGGCCCCGCGCCUCCCGUUCCCGGGAGCCCCUGGCCCCCUCGCGCUCCCCAAACUUCCUGCGGCGGCAGGCCAGCGCCAGUUCCACCGCGCUAUGGCCGCCCCGGACCUGUCCACCAACCUCCAGGAGGAGGCCACCUGCGCCAUCUGCCUCGACUACUUCACGGACCCGGUGAUGACCGACUGUGGCCACAACUUCUGCCGCGAGUGUAUCCGGCGCUGUUGGGGCCAGCCCGAGGGCCCGUACGCCUGCCCCGAGUGCCGCGAGUUGUCCCCGCAGCGAAACCUGAGGCCCAACCGUCCGCUUGCUAAGAUGGCCGAGAUGGCGCGGCGCCUGCACCCGCCGUCGCCGGUCCCGCAGGGCGUGUGCGCCGCGCACCGGGAGCCGUUGGCCACCUUCUGCACCGACGAGCUGCGCCUGCUGUGCGCGACCUGCGAGCGCUCCGGGGAACACUGGGCGCACCGGGUGCGCCCGCUGCAGGAUGCAGCCGAGGACCUCAAGACAGGGUUUCCCACGACUGGCGCCCGCCUACCAGGUGUAGGCUCGGCUGGGGCUGGGCAGCGGGAGCGGGGACAGAGCCGGGUGGGGUCACUGGCUGGCCUCGCCUCCCUGCAGGGCAAGCUGGAAAAGUCCCUGGAGCACCUGCAGAAGCAAAUGGAAGACGCACUGCUGUUUCAGGCCCAGGCGGAGGAGACCUGCGCUCUGUGGCAGAAGAUGGUAGAGAGCCAGCGGCAGAAUGUACGAACGGAGUUCGAGAGGCUGCGCCGCCUACUGGCAGAGGAGGAGCAGCGGCUGCUGCAGAGGCUGGAGGAGGAGGAACUGGAGGUACUGCCCCCACUGCGGGAGAGCGCAGCCCGGUUGGGGCAGCAGAGUGCCCAGCUGGCCGAGCUCAUUGCCGAGCUGGAGGGGCGCUGCCAGCUGCCAGCGCUGGGGCUGUUGCAGGACAUCAGGGACACCCUGUGCAGGGUCCAAGACAUGAAACUGCAGCCACCCAAAGUGGUGCCCAUGGAGAUGAGGACAGUGUGCAGGGUCCCGGGUCUGGUGGAGGCCCUGCAGAGGUUCCGAGGGAGGACGCGGCAGCAGGGGCGGAGUAGCAGUCAACCUUGGCCAGCUAUGAGGAAGCCUGGGCAGGUGCCAGGUGUGCUGGCUGACAGGACCCCACAGGUGACCACUGCGCUGUCUGCAGGGGACGUGACGCUGGAUCCUGACACCGCCAACCCCGAGUUGGUCCUAUCAGAGGACAGGCGCAGUGUGCGGCGGGGCGACCUGCGGCAGGUUCUGCCUGACAUCCCUGAGCGCUUCGACCCCGGGCCCUGCGUGCUGGGCCGGGAGCCCCUGAUUUCCGGCCGACACUACUGGGAGGUGGAGGUGGGCGAGCGGGCCAGCUGGGCCCUGGGCGUCUGCAGGGAGAACGCCAACCGCAAGGAGAAGGGCGAGCUUUUCGCCGGCAAUGGGUUCUGGAUCCUGGUGUUCCUGGGCGGCUUCUACAACUCCUCCGAGCCCGCCUUUGCCCCCCUGCGGGACCCGCCUCGACGUGUGGGCAUCUUUCUGGACUAUGAGGCUGGGCACCUGUCCUUCUACAGCGCCACUGACGGGUCGCUCCUGUAUGCCUUCCCUGAGACGCCCUUCUCAGGGACACUGCGGGCCCUCUUCUCCCCGUUGUCCAGCAGCCCAACCCCCAUGACCAUCUGCCGGCCCAAGGGUGGCCCUGGGGAUGGGCUGGCUCCCCAGUAAGUAGGCGUCUCGCCCCCAUCCUGCCUUUAGCUCUUUGAGGGUGUCCUGAGCCACGGGAGGGGCUCUCAGUGUUGCUCUGUGUGUGUAGUAAAUCUCUCUUCCCAUCACUCCUGGGAAGCCAUGUACGAGUGUGUGUGGAGCCAGCGAGGGCCUCCCUUGGGGGACCUUCCACAACCAUUGGGUGUCGAUACCCCAUUACCAGUGCGUUGCUCACAGCCCUCUGCAGAGGCUGAGCCUGGAGCCCCUGCAGCUCUACUUCCAGGAGCCCCUGAUGACUUUGGGGCUGCACCCCAAGAGAGCUGCUGUUCUGUGAGGCUGCUGGCAGGGAGGAGAGCCCACCAGCCUGUCUUGGGGUCUGGUCCUAGAAAAUGGGGGCUGGGUGUGGUUGCCUCAUUAGUUAGGGUACAUUAGUUAGGGUAUUAGUUAGCAGUCCUCAGGAGGCGGGAUGUGGGAAAGACCAGAGGAAGGGCACUGGGAGUGAACGGUGCUGAAUGAGGGGGCCGAGUAACUGGACACAGGCCCUCAAGUCCCCCAGUGCAGGCCAUUUGCAGCUUCUGCAGAAUGUUUCUUCCCACCUGGGAGGUGUGCACUGGCUCCAUGGCUCCUGAAUGAUGCUCUGGUCCUGCCUGGGGUAGGCGUGAGGCCUCGGAGAGUCCCACCUUGGCAGAAUCCAGGAUUCAUUUUUUGCUCAAGUUUUGGUGCUUCACAAGAAGUCGUGGGGCAGCAUCUGCACCCCGAGAUUUCUUCUGUUGUAAGGACUGUCCUCACAGUAAAUAAACUACCUUGUAUAUAAUCCUGCUGUCUUGAGUGGGAUGUGGGGAAGCCCACUGCCACUCCCAGCAGUCGGUGCCACAGCCCAAGCCCUCCCAUGCUGGUGCUCAUUUCACGCAGCUGCUGGGGAAUUCCCCUGCCCCAGAACCUGGUAAACGCUUGUAGGUUCCACAGUAUUCAGGAGCUAAGUACUUUAUGUGAAUAUAUUCACUUGUUCUCCCAUUGUUAAGACUUUAUGUUAUUUCAUGUAUGUACCACUUUUUGAGUAUCUUCAAUAACAAUUCCUUCAAAUGAUGUA